ACAAUAAUAUCAUCACGUGAAGGUCACUUUUGAAAAACCUUUGUAUGAUAUUUUGGACGAAAAGCUCUUCACGAAAAGCUUUUGGUACCAAAGUUUGGAUUAAAAUUUGGAGCUAAAAGAACUGAAAAGUAACAUGAAAGGCACAACUGCAGUAUUGUGUGCUUGUAUCUUUCUAGUGUUUUUCAGGCUGGCUGCAUCGAAGACUCAUAAACAUCCCGUGUCGACAUACUUCCAUAGAAAAAAUGCUGAUGGCACUCUUGUUGACCGGUCGAGUCUGAAGUAUGAAGAAAUAUUUAAGACAAUUUUUAUUGAAAAAAUUUCUGAAUUAGAUGCUAGCACGGCAUCUAUCUCAGCUAAUCCACACAAUGAUGUAGAAAAUGGGGAAGAUGUUGUGAUAUCUUGGAAGAACGUCAUAAAGCCAAGCUACAUGGAUUGGAUAGGCCUCUUCUGCCCUCAAUCUGACAAUGCAACAAGACCUCUUGAUUAUUUUCAUGUCACUGAUUCUCGAGAAAAAUUGUCUUGGGAGCGUGGUUAUGGAAGUAAGACAGUCAAGCUUUUUAACAUGAGAAGCAGCUGCGAACUUAGAUAUUAUAGAAGUGUUGAUGGCGGAGACUAUGCUGCUUUGGUAGCAAGAAGCAGCUCAAUUACCUUCAAAGGUCGCUCAGACGUACCCCAGCAUGGCCACCUUUCCUUAACAAAUGAUCCCUCAGAAAUGAGAGUCAUGUGGAUAUCUGGGAAUGGUGAUUCCCCAGUUGUUUGGUUUGGCACAUCAAAAGACAAACUGUCAAAGCAAGCUGAUGCAACAACAAAAACAUACAAGCGAGAAGACAUGUGUGCCUUUCCUGCAAAUUCCAUUGUUGCUUUUAGAGACCCUGGACUGAUCCAUGAUUCUCUCUUAACUGGUCUUCAACCUGGUGUCACUUACUACUACAGAUUUGGAUCAGCUAAGAUGAUGAGUCCAGUUUACAACUUCACUACUGCCCUGCCUGCUGGUGAUCCCACUCCGCAUAAGUUUAUUGUUUAUGGUGACAUGGGAAUUGAUGCCUUGCUAAGCCCGGGUGGACAGGAAACUGCUAACAGAAUAGUAGAAGAGUACAGGGAAAAUAACAUUCGCCAUGUUUUCCAUAACGGUGAUAUUUCCUAUGCAGUUGGAUUUGCCUACCUUUGGGAUCAGUGGAUGAGCGCAAUAGAGCCAUAUUCAACGCUAGUUCCUUACAUGGUUGGUAUUGGCAAUCAUGAACAGGACCACAUCUCUGGUGGAUCAAAAGACCCUAGCGGUGCACCUGGUGAGGGCUAUCAUCCAAAAUGGGGCAAUUAUGGAAAGGAUUCCGGAGGAGAGUGUGGUGUGCCAAUGUACUACAGGUUCCACAUGCCAGAUAAUGGACAUUAUCUGUGGUGGUACAGCUAUGACUUCGGUUUGGUGCAUUUUAUAAUGAUGAGCACGGAACACAACUUUGAGCCAGGAUCAAGACAGUACGAAUGGCUCGAGAAUGAUCUCAAGAAAGUCGAUCGCAAAAAGACACCCUGGGUUUUGAUCGGUGGCCAUAGGGCAAUGUACGCUAGUCAAGACGAAUACGACGACUACAUCGUGUCUGUGAAUAUGCAACGGUUAUUUGAGGAUCUGUUAUAUAAGUACAAGGUUGAUUUGGCACUUUGGGCCCACUACCACAGCUACGAGAGGACGUGCAAAGUAUACCGAAACAGAUGUGCCGAGGAUGGGAUCACGAAUGUUGUUAUCGGCACUGCAGGGCGCUUCCUCGAUCUCGAGUUAUUCAUGCACAAGGACUGGUCGGUAACGAGACUCAAAGAAUAUGGCUAUGGCAGAGUGACAGUUUUUAAUCACACAACAAUGCAUUUUGAAUUCAUAAGAAACAAGGAUAAGGUUGUGCGAGAUAGCUUUUAUCUUCAUAGGUAAAUUUGAUUCUUAUUACACGGAGCAGACAGACUAUUAUUGUUUCAUCUAAAAUUCUCGAAAUUUAAGCAGUUGAUAAACCAAACUCUAAUUAAUUGAGAAAAGAAAUUAGUAGGAUCAUAAAGCAAUUUUUGUUUUCUUUUUUUAUCAGGAUUUCGAUUGCAGGGUAGUUUUUAUAUAUCUUGAUUGUUAUAGACUGGGAGAGUCUUGUUAUAUGUGCUAUAUGUCUUUCUUCAUUCAUGAAGCAAGUUGCACCUGCAAAUUAUGCGAGCUACUUGUUUUGAAAUCUUGCUGUCGCGUUUUUAUCAAUUGAUAAUCAUGGUGACAAAUUAAUAGAGCUUUAGAUGCUCAAAAUAAGCAAGUUUUUUUCUCCUAAGGAUUUGUUAAAAGUUAUAAAUGUUCUACAAUAUAUUUGUUUGUAAGAAAAACUUAAAUGAAAGAGUGCCAACAUUUGGCUUGUGUGAAAGGCUGCUACGAGAGAUUUCACUCUCCCACCCCUAUUCUACAGUACCCAGAUCUUCAUUUUCAUUGAAUUUAUAAGUGCAUUGUUUGCAGACAUUUCGGAGCAGGAAAAGUAAGAUCUCAAAUGCACGUUUGACUUCUUUGCUUCAGAGAAGGGUCCCUCCCCACUCAAUAAAGUAGAUUCCAUGAAGUACUGAGGUAGUUUAUCACGGACACCAUUCCUUGAUUCUAUAUUAAAAAUUAAAUGCACGCUGAUUAUUUGCUCAGCAUUGAAAAUUAUUCUGCUGCUGAGGGUACCUUAUGUUGAUUUUAACACUGUUAGAUAUCACAGACAAAGGUUAACCUAACAUGUUCUUGGAAACUAGUCCAACAUCUAAAGCAUCAUAUCUCAAGAAAGCUUCUUCUUGAAUGCGUUGGGACUCUCCUGUAGUUUGAAAACCUAUGCUGCCAUCCUCAGUUUCUUUUCGCGUAUUUUUUGAACUCCCGUGAGCUUGUGUUAAAUUCCGCUUUAUACUAAAUCGUAAUUGAAUCAAAUUUCAGAUUUAUUUUUUUAACUAGUAUAUCAUUGAACGCUUGUAUGUUUUGAUGUGGAUUUGAGUGAGAUGGAUUUCAUUAUAAGAAUUGUAUUAAAGUUGUUGUUAAAUUUAAUGUUAUACGAAGUAAAUUAUCUUUUGGAUAAUUCUUUUUAAAAUAGCUUAUCGUAAAAUGGUUGUUUGCUUUAAUGUGGACGGAGAUGUGAUGUAAUGUAUGUCUAGAGCCAUAUUAGAUUUCUUGUUUAUUUUAAUAUUGUACGAAAUAUUUAAAUAAGUAUCUUCUGGAUAGUGAUUGUUAAAAUUGCCUUAUCGUCAUAUAGUUGUUUGCUUUGAUGUGGAUAUAGAAGAAGUGAAACUCAAUAUAAGUGAAAUGAUUUUAGUAUUAAGAGAUAAGUUUUAUAUUAAGAGAUAAGUAAUCUUUAGAUUUUACGGUAUAUUGAUGAUUGUUUAUUUGAGAGA